CAGUUCUGUUGGCGGUUGCGAAUAGAAGAUACGCAAACAAUUAUGAUUCGUUGGCGUGGUAAAAUCGCAGUCGUUACCGGCGCUGGAUCCGGUAUCGGUGAAGCAAUUACACGUGGUCUUCUGCAAAACGGAGUGAACGUGGUUGCUCUGGACAUCCAGAAAGAAAGAUUAGCAAAACUCGAUGCAGAAUGUAAGCAGGAAGAUUCUCAAAACUUGGGCACGUUACAUACUAUAUGCUGCGAUGUAAAUUGCGAGAAAGAAAUCGAUACAGCAUUCACGCAUAUCGAAACGUUAGGUGGUGUCGACAUUAUGCUCAACAAUGCUGGCGUUAUCGAUAGUUCACGAAUAAUAGAUAGCGAGAGGAAGACAUUUGAAAGACUGUUAAAUACUAAUGUCCUCACUGUCGCCGUGUGUACGAACAAAGCAGUGCAUUCAAUGCGCAAACGAAACGUCGAAGGGCAUAUUUUUAGUAUUACCGGCGUUGCGAGCCAUUCUUUAAUGCCGGCUAGUGUGGGAGUGAAUUUGUAUGCUACCAGUAAACAUGCAGCUCUUGUUCUAUCUCAUACAGUACGACAAGAAAUAGCAGAAAUUAAAGCUCCUAUUCGAGUUACCACCAUUAGUCUUGGUUGUGUAAAAACGAACUUGUUUGAACGUUCGGAUACUAUGAAAGACUUUUAUGAGAAACUAUCAACACUUCAACCGUCAGAUAUAGCGAAUGCGGUCAUUUAUGCUCUUGGAUUGCGAUCGGAAGUUCAGAUUACGCAGCUUACCAUUCAGCCCACCGGGGAAUCUCACCACUGAAAAUUGUAAGACAGUAAUUGUCUUU